AUGUUGGCAUCGGGCUUAAAUCCACACUGGCCUCCCUCCUGCCUGCAGCGGGUCCAGUCUGGUCUUCCUGUGCUGACUUCUCUCUCACUCUGGCCAAGACGCGUGUGCAGAGUUUCUCGGUCCAAAUCACACACUGACAACUGGGAUUUGUGUCAGUACAUGCAUCCUGAGUUUUGUGGCUGUGAACUCUGGAAAUAUUGUCUGGAAACUGAGGCUCUGAGAAAGAAAGAAUUUGCGUCAAAGGCAGAGAGCUUGGUGCCACAUAAGAUUCUAGGAUGCCUUUUGAAAAAAUCUUUGUCCGGUCGGAAUGUCUGCUAUCAAAAACUCUACAAAAAAUAA